AUGGCGUCCCAGCGCGCCCUCGCGUUCACCGCCAUCGGUGGUAUCACCGCGGGCAUCGCCGCGUACUACGCCCCCGCGGCGGCGGAGAUUUAUCGAGCCGAGAGCGCGGUGUCGGCGUCCGAGCGUCAGCUUCAAGCGGCGAUGGAACGCGCGCGGGUGGACGAGGAGGAACUGGAGAAGGCCAAAGGGCGGUGGUGGCGGUCGAAGACGUCGCGGGAGAAGAACGCGAGCGCGUACGGCGAGGUCUCGGCGAGGCGAACGGACGCCAAGGCGGCGUUGGAAAAAGCCAGGACGUUGUUCGCGGAGGUGGAUCGGGAGUGCGAGAAGGCGAGGGCGGAGUUGGAUGAGAGCGAGCGGGAGACGGCGGCGGCGAAGGAGGCGCUCGCGUUCGCGGAGCAGGCGGCGAGCGCGCACGCGGAUAUAAUUCGCGCGGCCAAGGUGGAGGUAGAUCGGUUGACGAAGCAGGCUGAAAAGGCGAUGAGCUCGCUGAAAUUUCCGCAGCUGUAG